CGCUUUCCCAGGUCCGUCGACGUUACUGUCUAUAUGGUCGACGUAUGUGCGGCUCUGAUUUCGCCGAUUUCUAGGUGUCUUUUUUACAAGUGUCUGAGCCUGCCGGGAUUUUGACAAAAUCAUGCUGUGUUUUAACGCAUUGAUUUCUUUGACACUGAUCUUGAGUGUCAACCCAUCUACAGCUAUUGAAAAAACUAAGGUGUACGGCCGGAAAGGUGGGUCCAUCACGCUGUUGGUGAACCAGCAGCCCAUGGGAAAAGUAACCUCCAUUAUCUGGAAGCAUAACAAGGAUAAAGCUGCAGAAUGGUUUGAGGAGGAUGGUGUAUUAACACCUACAUAUUAUCUUAAUUAUGUCAAUGUGACUAAUUUGGACAUGGAAACAUGGUCUCUGACUAUCUCAGACCUGCAGCCAAAAUUCAUGGGCGAGUAUUCGGCUGAGGUAAACAACAAAGACCCAUCUCAGUCUUGGGACCUCAUAAUAUUGGCAGCCGUGCGAAAGCCUGCAAUCAACUUCAAGGAUGUCUGCAACGUCACUAGUUGCACCCUGACCUGUGAAGGAGAAACAUCACAGAAACUCCGUUGGUAUGAUGCUGAUGGACGGCAAAUUUCUUCAGACUCAAUGAUAACUGUGCAGAAGAAAGACCAGGACAUGGAGUACACCUGUCAACUGAGUAAUGAAGUGAGCAAUGCGACCAGCAGUGUGAAAGUCCCACGUCUGGGUGACCCCAGUUCUAAUAGUGCAGGACUUGCAGUUGGAAUUGCUCUGCUCUUAAUUAUUAUUAUUGCUAUUGCUUUCAUUUUACUUUUUACAUUUUUUCGGUGCAAAUCAACCCCGGGGGGAAAAAGGAGAAGGACACCGCAAGAAAUAAGAAACCUAUGGGCAUUUAUGCCCUGCAUUGAUGCUGGGACAGGAACAGGAACAGAUGCUGAGAAGGGUGACGAUGAAAAUCUUCCAAUGAUUACUCCCAAGCCUGACACCACAGAAGAUGCCGGAAAGCAGCCUGCUGAGAAGCCAGAGGUUGAAGCUGUGCCUGACAGCCAACCAACCAAAGACUCAGCACCUCAGACUGUGAACAACCACACUGCUGAGAAGCCAGGGGAUGAGCAUGCUUCGCCUGAGACCCCGUCAAACAAUAAAGAAGACACCAAAGAAGAUGCCGGAACGCAGCCUGCUGAGAAGCCAGAGGAAGCUGUGCCUGACAGCCAACCAACCAAAGACUCAGCACCUCAGACUGUGAACAACCACACUGCUGAGAAGCCAGGGGAUGAGCAUGCUUCGCCUGAGACCCCGUCAAACAAUAAAGAAGACACCAAAGAAGAUGCCGGAACGCAGCCUGCUGAGAAGCCAGAGGAAGCUGUGCCUGACAGCCAACCAACCAAAGACUCAGCACCUCAGACUGUGAACAACCACACUGCUGAGAAGCCAGGGGAUGAGCAUGCUUCGCCUGAGACCCCGUCAAACAAUAAAGAAGACACCACAGAAGAUGCCGGAAAGCAGCCUGCUGAGAAGCCAGAGGUUGACGCUGUGCCUGACAGCCAACCAACCAAAGACUCAGCACCUCAGACUGUGAACAACCACACUGCUGAGAAGCCAGGGGAUGAGCAUGGUUCGCCUGAGACCCCGUCAAACAAUAAAGAAGCCGUUUGAACAGGAAGGGAGCUGAAGAGGAGGAACUGUGCCAAGGCAUGUCCCUGUGGAUUAAUAUCAUUUUAUAUUCUGCCUUGUUACUUAUUUGGCUAAAGCCCAAUGAUAGUUAUCCUGGAACAAAUGACUUCAAAUGAUCUCAUUAUGAGCUUAAAUGUGAAUGUGUUGAAGAUGCUACAUCAUUGCUACACCAAUGCACCACAGAAGACAUACUUUUGUCCCUUUUUGUUUGUUUUAUUCAUUUUUAAAAAGAAGGCCCCACAUUUGAUACAUAAUUGUACGGAUGGUAUUGAGACAUUCUUCUAUUUGAAACAAGAAUGCUAGCCAAUGAAUACAGCCAAUAAGACAACGAACUAUAUGGACAUGGACCACCUCCAGAAGCAAUGUCUUUGCUUUGCUCCAGCUGCUCCAAAUGAUACACAAACACACAAACUAACACACAUGCAAGGAAUUCAGAAUUUGGGGGGUUAAGAGACAGAGGGAUUUAGCCUCGAUAUCUUACUGUGGUCAGUGAUAUUAAUGCUUUGGCAUGCUCCAAUACUAAUAUCAUUUUAUGAAUAUUUUGAUUCCAAAUAUGUGCAUACGUAUGUACAAACAUGUAUAUACUUACUGUAUGUACACAUUUAUGAAUCACUGUAUUUGUGGAUUUAUUAUUGUAUGUGUGGUUCAUGAAUGAGACGACUGAAUGGUCUGUCAUUAUUUAUGUCAGCAGUAUUUGUACAUUUUUAUUUGAACAUUUUGUUGCGUGUGUGGGGGGGGUGGGGGGGUUCGGGAGUUGUCAUUUUGGAUGAAUUUCACCACUAGCAAUAUUUAGAUAGAUAGACAGAUUUUUGUAUUAUAAAAUCUUGUAAUAAAAAGUGCUGCAGCACUGAAUGUACAGUACAGUAUCUGUGAGACAUAUUUUCCCAAAGGUCAGAAGGUCUUGCCUGAGCCACAGGAGACCAUUUCAACUGGUUAUAACCUGCUGCCAAGGGGUCUGUUGUGUACAGCCAGAUUGUGUUUUCAAACUGUUAGUGAUUUGUUAGUGAUUUUUAAGAGGUUUCAUGUUGCGAGCAGGCUAACCCUGCAGUCACACAAUCUACAAAGCUGCAGAGUACCAUUCAUUUUCAACAGUGGACGUUUGCCAGAGACAAGCGACAAGCUUGCUGCUGUCGCGAGCAAGGCGGGGCCAAAAUAGACAAGAAGGCUAUUUUAUGCAAAUGUUGAGCGAAGCGGCAAAGCGACUACCAAUCGGAUUGAAGGCAGCGUGACUUUCCUUGUUUGAAAGUAAAGUUGAACAUUUUAUAUAAGAUAGCGGAGCUAACUAAUCGAAGGCAGUAUUUCUGUACGAAUAAGUAAGUUCAGGAUUUGAUGCCUUAUGAACUUCAAAGUCCAAAAAAUCAAAAUCAAGUCAAAAAAUAUAUCUGAAGGUAUGUACAAGCUAUCGGUCAGCCACCUAUCACGCAGAAAUCGUUAGCCAUCAAUCACCCGCAAAUCACCUCCCCACUCAACGACAAGUUGGUGGAGUUGUCGCUGUCUCUUGUAGCCUGUGUGACUGUAGGGUAAGUAUAUAAAUAUGUGUGCCACGCUGUCUGUAUAUAAGUCUGUAUAAAAGUGUGUGUGUGUGUGUGUGUGGGGGGGGGGUUGUUGUUGUUUUUGCUACAUCCAUUGCAUGUUUUUUGUUUGCGUGUUUGCAACAGCAGACUACUGAAUUAUACAAAUGCCCAUUAUCACAGCAUCAGAUAAACUAACAGUCUUAAAAUAAACACCACACACACAGAGACGUAGCACCUUCCUUUCCUUUCGCUCACUCUUUUUUUUUAAAAUUGUAUUCCAAAUGUAUAUAUUUUUUUAAUCUACUAACUGCAAUUAUAGUUUAAAUUAAAUAUGUAUAUUAUCUACAACUA